AUAUUCUAAUAUAUAUACACACACAAACAAAUUCUCUCCAAUUAUUAAGCCAUUUGGGUUUUGUGUUCAAUCCACAAAUCUCUUUUCCUUCUUAAUUCUCUCCACACAACAUGGGAUCUUGUGUUAGUGUUCCUGCAAUCGACAAUCGAUCCCCUUUUCAUGGAAUCGAUUCCAAUGGUUCCACCUCCUCUGCUUCUGUUCAUCCAAGUCCAAGAACAGAGGAUGAGAUUCUGCAGUCUCCAAAUCUAAAGAGAUUUUGCUUUAACGAACUCAAAAAGGCGACCGGUAACUUCCGACAACGGAGUAUGGUGGGGGAAGGUGGGUUUGGGAGUGUGUUCAAGGGUUGGAUUGAUCACCACUCUCUUGCCGCUACCAAGCCUGGCUCCGGCAUCGCGAUUGCUGUCAAAAGACAUAAUCAAGAGGGCUUCCAAGGCCACAAUGAAUGGUUGGCGGAAAUCAAUUAUUUGGGGCAGUUGCAUCAUCCAAAUUUGGUGAAAUUGAUUGGUUAUUGCUUGGAGAAUGAGGAUCAGCUUCUUGCUUAUGAAUUUAUGUCAAAAGGAAGCUUGGAUAAUCACCUUUUUGGAAGAGGAUCUGGAUCUCAACCACUUUCAUGGAAGUUGCGUAUGAAAAUUGCAUUGGACGCAGCUAAAGGAUUGGCGUAUUUACAUGGCAAAAAAGUUAUCCAUCGUGAUUUCAAAUCAUCAAACAUCUUGCUCGAUGCGAAUUAUGAUGCAAAGAUAUCGGACUUCGGAUUAGCUAAGGACGGCCCGGUGGGAAAUGAAAGUCAUGUUUCUACAAGAUGUAUGGGCACUUAUGGUUAUGCAGCUCCUGAAUAUAUGGCCACAGGUCAUUUGACACCCAAGAGUGACGUAUACAGUUUCGGAGCAGUUCUAUUGGAGAUACUAUGCGGAAGACGAGCAUUGGAUGCGACAAAGGCAGGAAGAGAGCAAAACCUAGUAGAAUGGGCAAAGCCAAAUAUUAGCAACAGAAGAAUAAUGAGAAUUAUGGACAAUAGAAUUGAGGGAGAAUGUGGUGUAAAGAAGGCAAUAACAGCAGCUAAACUUGCUUUUAAAUGCCUCUCUGAUGACCCAAAACAUAGACCUUCAAUGUAUCAAGUAGUUACUGAUUUGGAGCAACUUCAAGAAUUUUGAUUAGCUCAUUCUAUUUUUUGAUUAAUUAAUUGUCCAUGCCUAAGAUGAACAUUAAAAUGCAGAAAUUUAAUUCUUUGCAUUUUGAUUUUGUAAUUUUGUUUUGAUUAAUGUGAAAUUAUGCAUGUGUGUUUAGAGCAUGCAAAAUUGAAUCCAUUUAUGGAUAUAUACUUAAUUACUACA